CCCAACAAAAAAAACCUGCCACCUAUAAAAAUAUCAUUUUAAGUUUGAAAGAUUUAGCUUCUCAUCCCGAUUCUUUCUUGGCCGGGAUUUCUUUCCAAAACGCUUUAAAGAGUUUAGUUAAUUAUUCAUUAUAUCAGCCGGUUGAUGAAUUGAAAGGAUGUAAAGAAAAUUUAAUUGCGGGUCAAUUAGCUCCUGUAGGGACAGGAUUUAAAGAGCGGGAAAAGUUUCAACGAACCACCAAUACUACCAAUAAUUUUACUGGCACUUUGCUACUUCCGCCUCCAAACAUUACUGAUCAUGCCGGAAUUUCUACCCAGAGCAAAAUUGAAAAAUUACAACUUCCAGAACUUGAUACUGACCAAAAAAAAAGAGAAUAUACUUUUCAAACCUGA